UAAAGAUUCCGGGGUCUAAUAAUAGCCUAACCAGUAAGUUUAAGGAGAUGAUAUACACCAAUACCUCACAUCAUUUGUGAAACACGGUUGAGAUGACGUUCCAACAACUUGAUCUUGGCCUGUAGUCACCAAGCACACUCCUUGGAAUGCCGGCAAUAUGGUCAUUGACCCGUCAGCCCGUUCGAGGCGUAGUCCAACGGGCCAUCUGAAGUCAAGACAUGGAUGCAAAACCUGCAAGAUCAGAAAAGUCAAGUGCGGAGAGGAAAAGCCGCACUGUAUCCGUUGCACCAGCACGGGUCGCAAGUGCGAGUACGAUGGCUCAGUUUCCAUCCUCGACAACCCGCUUUCGUUAGCACCGAACACGGUGUGGCGAGAGCGUAGGUCUUUCGCCUACUAUUUUCAACACGCCGCCACAUUAGUUGGUGGUGAACUGGAUGUUGAUUUCUGGAGCACCAUCGUCCCGCAGGUUUGCCGGAGCGAGCCCGCUGUGUGGGAUGCCAUCAUCGCCAUCAGUGCACUGUUUGAGAGCCCCGAUCCAUGUCCCGAUCUCGUUCCAAUAAGCCACGAGCAUUCGCGCGCUCUCAACCAAAAUCACCGAGACGCACUGUACUGGUAUUCACGCUCGGUGUCUGCUAUUCGGCAGCGAAUUGAAGAUGGCCGCCUAAACAUCUUUGUUGGGCUAAUUACAUGUAUACUAUUUAUGUGUAUCGAGGCUCUCCAGGGAAGUGUGGAAGAUGCCAUACAUCUUUAUUCACAGGGGGUGCGUCUUAUCCUCGAUUCACGCGCCCAAAUGGUCGCCGGGAUCCUGUCAUUUGCCGAAGCAUCCUUGAUCGAGGAUACAAUCGUUCCAAUCUUCAUCCGCCUAGGAGCUAUCGCUCUCCCCGUUUCCGGCUUUCCGGUGCACGCUUUACUUGGAGACACUGACCAUGAAUUGAUCCAAGAACUUGUCUCUCUCAAAUCUGCGCGGGAAGCCCUCGUUCUGCUGGGUGUAAAGAUCACGCUCUUGCAGCAUAUGUGUGAUGAAUAUCGACGAACAAUUCAUACCUCCACCGUACCCCAGGAAUUAAUAAAUAAGCAAACAAUUUUAUCAGCUGGAUUAAGGGACUGGCUCUCUGCCUAUACCAAAUUGAUGGAUUCACUACGUACAAAAGAGGUCUUAACACAACGACAGAUGGGCAUCAGCGCCCUCCUUUUCACUUAUCAUGAAGUGUUAUUUAUAAUAACCGAGACCUGCCUAUCGCCAUCGCAGAUCAUUACUGACUCCUACAUACCUAACUUCCGAAAUAUAGUUGAACAUACCAGCAUCUCUCUUGACGCUUUGGCUCGGUCGGAUGGCACUCAGCCACCGUUUACCUUUGAAAUCAACGUCGGCUAUCCGCUCUGGUUCACCUGUCUCAGAUGUCGCGAUCCUAAAAUCCGACGCACAUCGCUAGCUCUAUUGCGCCGAGCACCUCAGCUACAGGGACUGCACAAAUCCCACUCCGCCGUAAGCUUCGGCGAACGAGUCAUGGUCCUAGAAGAAAGAUACGGAAUGGCGAUGAAAGCAGCUCAAGAAGCGAUCGCCUCUACGACCCCGGAACCCACAAAUGGACCUACAAAUGAAAUCAGCGAAUACCAAUCCCCUAGCCGAACCAUGAUCAACGACGUUUCGAAGUUUGACCUUGGCGAAUUUUUCGCUAUUCCGGAGUCCGAAUUCACUGCAAGUCAAUAUCCUACACUUAUGGACUUAGAUAUUAGUGAUCCAACUGCAGCGCUCAUCCCGGAAGAAGCGCGUCUUGGACCUAUCCAUAUGUUUCGGCCACGAGAUGGGUUUCCGCCGGGGACGAGUGAGGAGGACAUUGCGAAGUGGAAUCGAAGGGAUGAUCAGGUCUUUUUACGAUUCACAUGGACUGAGCGCGAUGUUGUGAACGACACUUGGCAUAUAAUUCAUGAAUACAUUCCCAUUGCUGCUCCUUGAUUUAGCGAAAAUGCAUCAAACUGUUGAAUUGAUAUUUACGAAUUUUAAGAGAACAAAUAGAGCAUCCAUUUACAAAGUUAACCAAUUUUAUAGAAAUAUAAUAUUGAAGUUUUC